AUGGCUGAACAAAAAAAAACAAGAAAAGAUACCUUUCAAAAGGAUGAAAUUAAUGUCCUCUUAGAGGAGAUAGAGAAAAACAAAGAUGUGAUUUUUACCAGAUUUAAAGGACACCAUACUAAUAAAGAAAAACAAAACAUCUGGGAGGACAUUGCUACCAAACUAACUGCAACCAGGGGUGUUCAAAGGUCAGGGAAGGAGGUCCGCAAGAAGUGGCAGGAUUUUGCAAGCCUGGCAAAAAGGAAGAGGGCACUGCAGAGGACUGAAAUUAAAAAAACAGGUGGUGGGACCAAUGAGUCCCCCCUUCUUACAGCCGAGGAAGAAAAGGCAUUGUCAAUACUUGGCACAAGUGCUUCAGAUGGAAUUAGUGGUGGUAUUGACAUCCAUGGAGGAGUAGGGAUAACUCAACCUGAGGCUGAGCCUGAACCUGAGUCAGGUCCUUCAUGCUCAGAGGAACCAUUAGUUUCAUCUGCCAUCUCCGAGCACCUACCAUCUCCUAGUCCUCCAAAAAAUCCUCCCAGGCCACAGCCUCCAUCUUCAGUGGUCCAGACUGCAGCCACAACAACUCAGCAGUUUGAGAAUGUCUGUAGCUGUAGUCAGGACCUAGUGCAGCUGGAGAGAGAGAAACUAGAUGUCUUGAAAGACAUUAGGCAAUGCCUUCAAGAAGCCAAUGAGAGAGACAAGAACUUCCAACAGCAGCUCAUUGAGCUCAAGAAGGCCAAACUGGCCUUAGAAGAGAGGAGGCUUGCACUAGAGGAGAUGAGUUUUGCAAGGCCCUCAAUUUCUGUGCCAAUUAUCUUGCCAGAAGACACAGUGCAGAUGAGAGUGCCCUUACUUAAAAGGGAGGAAGAUGAAGAGGUGGAGGAGGAGGAUGUGGAGGACGAAGAUGGCAUGGGACCACAUGGCCAACCAAGAAAUGCCCAAUACAUGGCUGGUUUUCGCGCACGUCAGCAAGUCAUUGACAGAUUUUUUUGA